AAAUUGACGUAGGUCGUUUUUUUCAGGAGCAUCACAACAUUGUUUAGCCGCUACAUUCCGAGGUGGAAAAGCAUCGCUUUUGUCUUCGAUGAAGUGUGCCUGAAAGCAGGAAAUGUCCACCAUGGUGUAUCCACGCGAAGAAGCCCUGGAGCGACUGAACCAGGAUGAGAUCGUCCUGAACACCAAGGCCGUCAUGCAGGGUCUGGAGACCCUGCGGGGUGAGCACGCCCAGCUCCUCAACUCUCUGCUGGACUGCACCCAGGCGCCCAUCGCCCAGGAGAAGUCCGGCYUGCUCCGGAAGAACCUGGAAGACAUCGAGCUGGGCCUGGGAGAGGCGCAGGUCAUCAUUGCUCUGUCGAGCCACCUGAGCGCCGUGGAGUCGGAGAAGCAGAAGCUGCGCGCCCAGGUGCGCCGGCUCUGCCAGGAGAACCAGUGGCUGCGGGACGAGCUGGCGGGAACGCAGCACAAGCUGCAGCGCAGCGAGCAGAACGUGGCCCAGCUGGAGGAGGARAAGAAGCACCUGGAGUUCAUGAACCAGAUCAAGAAGCUGGACGACGACGCCUCGCCAUCCGAGGAGAAGAGUCAGAGCUCAGGGGGCGGAGGCGGCAGCGGAACCGGAGGAGGAGAUGCUUCAAAGGACAGUCUGGACGAUCUGUUCCCCAACGAUGACGAUCAGGGACCAGCCCAGCCCAGUGGAGAGGUGGCGGCCCAGCAGGGGGGCUACGAGAUCCCGGCUCGCCUCAGGACUCUGCACAACCUGGUGAUCCAGUACGCCUCCCAGGGGAGGUACGAGGUUGCCGUGCCGCUGUGCAAACAGGCCUUGGAGGACCUGGAGAAGACGUCCGGACACGACCAUCCUGACGUGGCUACUAUGCUCAACAUCUUGGCCCUGGUGUAUAGAGACCAAAACAAAUACAAAGAAGCUGCUCACCUUCUGAAUGACGCCCUGGCCAUCAGAGAGAAGACCCUAGGGAAGGACCACCCAGCUGUGGCUGCGACCCUCAACAACCUGGCUGUGCUUUACGGCAAGAGGGGCAAAUACAAGGAGGCUGAGCCCCUCUGCAAGAGGGCUCUGGAGAUCAGAGAGAAGGUGCUGGGCAAGUACCACCCAGACGUGGCCAAGCAGCUGAACAACCUGGCCCUGCUGUGCCAGAACCAGGGCAAGUACGACGAGGUGGAGUACUACUACAGGCGGGCCCUGGAGAUCUACGAGUCCAAACUGGGAGCUGACGACCCGAACGUGGCCAAGACCAAAAAUAACCUGGCCACAUGCUACCUGAAGCAAGGCAAGUUCAAAGAUGCUGAAGUCCUGUAUAAAGAGAUCCUCACCAGGGCGCACGAGAAGGAGUUCGGCUCCGUCAACAACGACAACAAGCCGAUCUGGAUGCACGCAGAGGAGAGGGAGGAGAGCAAGAGUAAACGCAGAGACUCUGUUCCAUACGUGGAGUACGGCAGCUGGUAUAAGGCCUGUAAAGUGGACAGCCCAACUGUGAACACAACCCUGAAAAGUUUGGGGGCGUUGUACCGUCGUCAGGGAAAACUGGAGGCAGCAGAAACACUGGAGGAGUGCGCCACCAAGACCCGUAAACAGGGUAUCGAUGCCAUCAACCAGAGUAAGGUGGUGGAGCUGCUGAAGGACGGCGCAGCCGGAGGCGCCGACAGACGACACAUCAGGRACGGAGUCAACGAACCGGGUGGAGGGCGAGGGGAGGGGGAGGACUCUGCUGAGUGGAACGGGGAUGGUAACGGCUCCCUGCGUCGCAGCGGCUCCUUCGGGAAGAUUCGUGAAGCUCUGAGGAGGAGCAGUGAGAUGCUGGUGAAGAAGCUGCAGGGCAGCGGACCUCAAGAACCUCGUAACCCGGGAAUGAAACGAGCAAGCUCCCUGAACUUCCUGAACAAGAGCAGUGAGGAAACCACGCAAGAUGCUAACUCCGGCCUCUCAGACAGCAGGGGACUCAGCGCCAGCAACGUGGACCUGACCAGACGCAGCUCCCUGAUUGGCUAAACCUAAUCUAGGAGGCGUGGCUUCAGAGGUCCGACGUGGAGCGGCUGUGUGCGUCUUGGUUUGAUCAAACACUCCUGCAGCAUCUUUUCUUCUUUUUUUUUUUCUUCUUCUCAAGAACAUUAAAAAAAGGCAUCACUACACUUGAAA